UUUGAGGAUAAAAAGACAUUACGAUGCCGAUAUGGAUUCGUAGAAAUGAAAGAUUAAAGCUUUUCGUGUGGCUUCCGUGGUUGGUCUUUUGCAAAUAAAACCUUGGGUUAACAGUGUUAUCAGGUGCUAGAUUUUGAAAAGAACAAAUUUCAAAAGGGGCACCUUUAAAAAAUUAAAACGGGGCUUUUGUGCUUCUCAUGGCCUUUCGCUACAGACUAGACGCAAUGUCAGGAAUGGGACAGUUUGGGGCAGAUCAGUUUUCUACUUGGAAUGCCCAAUUUGGGUUGAACCGCAAGAACCCCACUGAAUUAUCGCCAGGAGCCAGGAAAAACCAGUUAGGAAUGGUUGACAAUAAGCUUGGAAUGAUGGGUCUGCAGCAACAGAAGGCAAGAAAAUCGGGUUUUUUCGGUGACCAGGACGAUGAUAAUGAGACAAGUAUGUUUUUCAGCAAUCACCCCACAAUGUUCAGACCAGAUAAAGAGUUGAUGCCAUCACAAUCGCCAUCACAGUUGUCAUCAGCCUUCUCGGGAAACUUCUAUAAUCAACCCCCAGCAUCUAUGGAUAAUUCAAUGGGUAACAUUGCCUUGCCCCAGAGGGCGCUAUCAGGGGCUCAGUUUCAGAGGAACAUCACGCCAACCAGUAUGAACCCUAGUAUGAACUUUCCUGUCAAUCUUCAGCAGCAACAACCCUCACCAAAUAGAAACUUAAUACAGGCUAUAGGUCACCAGCGAAAUUUGUUAAAUCAGAACCAAGUGGGUCAGGCCAUGUCAAAUCUUCAGAAGAGAACAUCAUUAUCAUCACAGUUAUCCAAUUCUGGUGCUGCAGUAACGAGUAUGAGCGGCUUUAAUCUAGGUCCGGGCCGGGGGCACAAGCACUUAGAUUUCUUCUCACUGACUGAUGACUCACAACCUAGCUUAGAUUUAUCAGAGUUUCCUACGUUAGGCAACAGAUCUGUGCCCUCAAAUCCCAUAGCCACAGCCAGGAAUUACGGUGAGAAAUUUAACAUGGUUAGCAAGCAGGUGGUGGAUUCAACACCAGAGUUUCAAAUACAACAAGAAGACUUCCCAGCAUUGCCAGGUGCUCAAAAUCCUCCAGUCUCCUCAUCCAGUGAUUCGGCAAGAAAAACGCCCACAACAACAGCUGGAGGGUCAUAUGAACAGGCAGUUAGUAAAGAAGGGACAAAGUUUUCAAGUGACAAAAUCACGAACAGCCAACAAAAGCGAGGGAUACAAACACAUCCUGAUGGGAGGGUAUCAAAUAUACCAUCGGGCAUGGUAAUGGAUCAGUUUGGGAUAGUCGGGCUGUUGACAUUUAUCCGGGCAGCAGAGACAGAACCUAACUUGGUAGCGCUCUCACCAGGGAUUGAUCUGACAACACUUGGGCUGAACCUCAACUGUCCAGAAAAUUUGUACAGCACAUUUCAGUCACCAUGGGCAGAUUCACCUUGUCGGCCACAAGAUAUUGAUUUUCAUGUACCUUCUGAGUAUUUGACCAAUAUGUUUAUCCGGGAAAAGGUAGGUGAUAUACUUGCGCCAAUUAAGCUGAACCGAUAUGGGGAAGACUUGCUGUUCUUCCUGUUUUAUAUGUAUGGAGGAGAUGUGUUACAGCUGGCUGUAGCUGCUGAGUUGUAUAACAGGGACUGGAGGUACCACAAAGAGGAAAGGAUAUGGAUAACGCGAGCACAAGGGGUCGAACCAAUCAUGAAAACAAAUUCCUACGAGCGAGGAACAUACUACUUUUUCGAUGCACACACCUGGAAGAAAGUGGCAAAAGAUUUUUACUUGGAGUAUGACAAGCUAGAAGAUCGGCCUCACCUUCCGCCGAGUCUUCAUCACAACCCCAAUCAGCCUGUCAUCGCUCACUAGCCCUGCCCACAUCCUGGGUUCACCUGUGAAUAUCCACUGUACUGUUAUUUCUGUACAUAUUUCUUCUCCCAGUCAAGGCUGCUAAUGUGGAAAAAUUUGGAAAAAAACAAGACACAUGACAGCUUUGUCCCAUCUACAGACAGUACAUGUAGAAGAUAGAUCUUUGUAUGACUGUAUGAAUGCCAUGUGUUAUGUAAACUACAGCUGAUGGUGAUGGUGGUGGGGGGGAAAAGUUCUUACCCUUGAUAUCUUGAAGAAUGUUCAUUUCAUUCUCACAGCUCAGACAUAUUUCAGUCUUUGUACCUCACUCUUGUGGUAUCUGACUUAUGUGCAAGGAAUGAAGAUUGAUUCAGGAAUUUUUUUUUUUUUUUUUUGAGGUCUGGUUAACUACUGUCUCUGUGUGGCACCAGAUUCUCUAGUUCAUUCUGACAGGUUGUACACUCUCUCAUGUUUUCUUGAUCUCUUUUAAAAAUGUCACCGACAGGUAGCCUGCUUAACUUAUAUGCCAUCUCUUUAUCUGUAGUACAGGCCAUUCAUUCAGGCAUGAGAUUUGUCCCUCUUUUUGGAUGAAUUCCUCCUUUGUUUUGAAAACUAUGAGAAAAAAUUGUGUGAAUUUAGUUUACAAGUGAUAAAACUCAAAAACAUCUUUUGAGAUCUCACAUGUGUGUUUAUACAUCUUCCUCACUUUACCUCAGGUAGGUUGAUGUACCAGAACAGGACAUGCACUAAGUCACUAACUAACCUACUUAUUUAGGCUGAAUGUAGUCAGUGAUCAGUCAAACAGGACAUUUUCUAUGCCCUUGUGACCAAUCCAUCCUGCUGAGUUAAGUAGUGUGGCGUCAUUACCUGACAGGCUGAAGAGCCGUACACAGCUAGUUAUAUCAAGACCUCAGUGGGAAGGAACACAACUUGUCAGAGUAAUGCAGCAAUGUGCUUAUAAACUGUCCUACAUAUUC